CUCUCUUUCUCUUUCUCUCCUGUUUAUUCAUUCACCAAAAUCAUUCACAAAUUUUUAUAUAACACACAACACAAUGAAGGAAAUAAUUAAACAUAAAAUGGUUAACAAAUUACACCGCCGUAAUUCCUCCGCCUCUUCCACCGCCUCUGUCGAUUACACAUCCGGCGACCGUCUUCUUUUCAAAUUCUCCAGCCUCCAAGCUCUUCAGGUCCCCAAGGGAUGGGACAAGCUUUCACUAUCUAUCAUCUCUGCGGAAACAGGAAAAACUAUUGCCAAAACAGGUAGAGCAUCAGCACAAAAUGGAAAUUGUCAGUGGACUGAGGACUUGUCAGAAUACAUCUGGAUUCCUCAUGACUAUGCUUCAAAAGGGAUUGAGCAAUGCCUGUAUAAGCUUCUUAUCGCAAUGGGAUCUGGCAGAUCUGGCAUCCUUGGAGACGUUACAGUAAAUUUGUCAGUUCACUUGAGUUCAGAAACUUCUAUUUCCAUCGCUCAACCACUAAAAAACUGUAGUCAUGGGACAAUUCUUCAGGCGGAAAUUCAGUGCCUAACACCCUUAACAAAUCUGAGGAAUGACAGAUGGACUGACACUGACUCUUUCACGGAAGAUGCCAAUGCUUCUGAUGACCUUGAUACAACAUCAGAGGUGUCUGAUGGAAGAGUCACCAGGAGUCCAGAAUCUUCAGUGAGCAAUAACUUCGUGUAUACGUCUCAAGCAGGCGGGAUCAGUAACAGGGAUAGAUACUUAUCUGGAGGGGAAUCGGGUCGUAGCUUUGAUUCAAUGGAUGAUUCUUUGAGCAAGGGAAGUUAUUCCCCCCUUAGGAAUAUUAGUGAAGCUGCAAAUGAUCUAAUUGGACGACUAGAUUCUAUUGGCUCUUCAAAUAGUGCACAAUAUAGCUCAUAUCAUGCCCAUGAUUCUUCCAAACCAAGUCAUUCUUCUUACAGCUCAGUUUCGGGAAAACAUAGUUUUAGUCAAAGACAAGAUUCAGGAAAAAUUUCACACUCAAUUCCCACAUCACCAUUACAAACUUUUGGUUCCACUGAGUUUGUCCUGGAACCUGAAGGAGCUACAGUGGAUAACCUUAGGGCAGAAUCAAGAAUAUGGGAAAGACAUGCACGCAAGUUAAAAGUUGAUCAAAAUUUUUCUAGGGAGGAAUUCAGAGACCAAACAAGGAAGUUGCAAAGUGCAAGUAUGGAGAUUAUUGCAUUGCAAACAGAAUGUGACGGUCUGAAGCAUGAAAUCAGCUUCUUGAAAGUUCUCCUGAAUGAAUCAGAAGUGCAAAAAAAGGCUGCUGAAAGUCUAAAAGAUGAUAUCCACACAGAAUUGCAACAAGAAAUAAAAUUUCAGAGAGAUAUGAACAAUACUUUGUCUCUGCAGCUAAAUAAAACACAAGAAUCAAAUCUUGAGUUAGUUUCUGUUCUGCAGGAACUUGAAGAGACCAUAGAGAAACAGAAGUUGGAGAUAGAGAGCCUUAUAUCCUUAAAGAAUAAGAUUAAGGAGCUUGAGAGAGAUUGUAAUGAUCUUACUCAUGAAAAUAUUGAGCUUGUAUCUAAGCUUAAAGAAUCAAGUACGGAUCUUUCUGCUUGUAGUGAUCUAGAACGCAAGUGUGUGGAGUUAGAGAUCAUCAUCCAAAGUUUCAAGGAUAAAGCUUGUUAUCUUGAUGGGGAACUUAAUAAACAUCGUGAAAAAUCAGAAGAGCAGGAAAAUGAGGUUACUGCAUUAAAAGAAUUACUGAAACUGCAGCAAGAAGGAAAACAUCAAAAUGCAUCCGCUGGAGCAGGGAUUGCUGAGUCUAAUUUUAAGGACGAUAGUGGCAUACUUGAGAAGCUAAAUGCGGAGCUAAAAUCCAGAGUGAAGGAUCUGGACAAGAAGUUAUUGGCAAAAAUCUCAGAAAAUGAAGUCCUCCAAUCAGAUUGUUUCUUAAAGGACAGGGAGAUUCAGCGUUUAGACACUCAAGUGUCAGAUCUAAACUUAUUAAAGAGUCAAUUAAUGGGAGCUUUAAAAGCAAUGCAAACCGAAAGUACAAUAAUCUCUGAAUGUCUAGAUAAAGUAAAAAGUGACAUGGUGUUGCUCAACGAUACAAAAGAAUCCCAUGUUGCAGCCAAUAAGAUUCUUGAAAAGAAGUCACUUGAGCUUGAGAGUUGUAACAAGGAGUUGGAGCUGCAGCUAACCGAAUUGGAAGUAGAGAAUCUACAUUUGUCAGAACGUAUAGCUGGGUUGGAACCCCAGUUGAGAUAUUUGACUGAUGCAAGAGAGUCAAGUCGCUUGGAGAUGCAACAUUCAGAGACACGUGUCAUAAAUUUACAGGCAGAUCUAAAAAAACUAGAAGAGGAAGCUGAAACGUGCAAGGUUAAUAUGAAACAGAAAUUUCAAGAGAUGCAAAAACGGUGGUUGGAAGCCCAAGAGGAAUGUGAGUAUCUAAAAAAAGCAAAUCCGAAGUUACAAACUACUGCAGAAAAUUUGAUUGAGGAGUGCAGUCAGCUUCAAAAGUCAAACCGGGAGCUAAGGCAACAAAGACUCGAGUUAUAUAACCGCUGCACACUUCUGGAAGCAGAACUGAGGGAGUCGCAACAUGAUUUCUCCAAGUUUUCUAUAAACUUGGAUAUUUUAGAAGGCAAAUUUUCCUUGAUGAUCAAUGAGAUUGCUACAAAAGAGCAAGUAUUUGAUUCAGAAUUAGAAGCUUUAUAUCUAAAAAAUGAAGAGCAGACAGAGAAGCUUAUUAUGGGUGAGAAUUUGUUCAAUCAGAUGUAUUCAGAAAAGAUGGCUGAAAUUGAAAACCUUCAACAAGAGGUGAAGCAUCUUAACACACAGAUAUAUUCGAGUCGUGAUGAAAGGGAUAGCAUGGCUUCAGAAGCAGUACAUAACAUGCAUGUCUUACGUGCAGAAAAGCAUAAACUGGAAAAAGCUAUAGAAGAUGUUACAGAAAAAUUCAGAUCAUCUGAGAAGAAGCUUGAACUGGUCCAACUUGAAUAUGAAGAAAAAUUUCAAGAUCUUACGGUUGAGUUUGCUUCUUCCAGAGAGAACCAUGGAGUUCUGGAGGCAAAUCUUAAGAGAGUAAUGGAGUUAUUGGAGUAUACAAGAUCUAAUGAAGAAAAGCUAAGAUUUACUGUCGGUGAGCUGGAUAGUAACCUUAAACAAUGUGAAUACCAAAGUGCACAAUUAACAGAAGAAAUCACAAGUCUUCAAGAUCAAUUGCAGAAAAUUCCAAGUUUGCAGGAUGAAGUAGUGGCUCUUAAGAACUCACUAAAUGCUUUGAAUUUUGAGAAUGAAAGACUUGAAGCCUCAUUACAGUUGAUAACUGGGGAUUAUAAAGAAUUAAAGGAAGAGAAAACUUCAUUGUUGCAGAGAACAUACAGCAUGCAGAAGGCGGUGUUUGAAUUAGAGGAUUAUAAACGUACUAAAGCUGUGUUGGAAGAACAAGUUAUGCGUCUUCAAGGUGAUCUAACUGCUAGAGAAGCAUUAUGUGCACAGGAUGCUGAGUUGAAAAACGAGCUCGGGCGUCUGAAACGGUCAAAUAGUCAACUCCAGUGGAAGAUAAAUUCUCUUCAAGACGAAAAAGAUGAAUGUAUGAAAAAUGCUCAAGUUCUUGAGGAGAAACUGGAGCAGACAAAGUAUUUAAACCCAGAUGAAAUUGAGUGCUCUACUAACAACAGUGCUAUAUCUUUCAGAUCAGAUAGUAUGAAUAGUCUUCACGAGCACAUGAAGCUCCCAGAGAAUGUUGAAGGAAAAAUUCAGUUACUUGAAAAGGAACUUGCUGAGGCUUUGGAGGAAAAUGACAUGUAUAAAUCCCAGAUUAAUAGCUUCCUGUCCAAGGGACAGAUUCAGCAGUUCGGCAUUCCCCUGGAAAGUGAAGUCGAUGGCAAACUAGUUGACAAAGAACAUGAGAAAGAUGUAUCUUUACUUGAGACUGAAUUAAAGGAACUUCAAGAACGCUAUCUACACAUGAGCCUCAAAUACGCUGAAGUAGAAGCUCAAAGAGAAGAGCUUGUGUCAAAGCUAAAGGCUGUCAGGCCUGGAAAGGGAUGGUUCUCAUAACCCCAGGGACAUAAAUUAUUACAUUCCAGGUAUACUUUACCCAUUCUCACUCAUUACAUGUUAAUACCCAGAUACAGUAUAAUUUGAAGAAAAUCAGAUAUAUGUGACUAUAUUCUUGGAGAAAUAGCAUAAUACAUAGCACGUAGUAAAUAGAAACAAAAAAAGAUGAGGUAGAUAAUGUUUUAUUUUAUUAAAUGGGCAUGUUUCGGCGUAUGUAUGCCCACCUUUAUCCUAGUUUAGGACAUGCUAUGUAAAAACACAAGUUGUGGUACGUGUACAUGUGGUAUCUUAUUAAAAGUAUGAGGAAAUUUUCUUGUGUUGUUA